AUGAUCCACCUCUGUCACGGCUCGACACUGCUAGAUUCUCCAACCAAGACUCCCAAAUGCCAUCGAUUCUCUGCCGUGCCGUAUGCACUUCCUCCCACCGGGAAUCGAAGGUGGCGCAAACCAGACCCUCUGCCUCCGACAUUCUCUUAUGGUGCAAAAGGAUACAUCAGACGUGGUGGAGUUUGUCCUCAACCUCGCGUGUCUGGUGUCACACACGACGAAGAUUGUCUUCAAUCUAAUAUUUAUGCACCAAUCGGAACACCGCCACCCAGUGAUGGCGGAUUCUUGCAAUUUGGAUCGAACAAUUAUGACGAUCCUUCCGCACUGUUAGCAGACACUGAUGUGAAAUGUAUAUUUGUGGUGCCGGGUUACCGCCUCGGCAUUUUUGGAUUUCUGGCUUCGAGAGAACUUUGGGAGAACUCCCCGCUGGCAGCAAACUUUGGCUUCUGGGACCAACGCCUAGCUCUCGAGUGGACGUAUGAGAAUAUCGAGCAUUUUAGAGGUGACAAGAACAAUAUCACGGUUGGGGGACUCUCGGCCGGCUCGUACGCCACAUUUCACCAACUUGCAUAUGAUAUCGGCCCAAACUCGAAUAAUCAGAUCAUCCGAAGAGUCUUUCAAUGGUCUAACGGUUGUGGUGUUGAGCCUAAGCGAUUGCCGGAAGUUCAGGACCAAUUUGAUGAUCUACUUUCGGUUCUGCAAAUCCGAGCAUCGUGGGGCGAUUCUGCAAAGCUCGAGGCUCUUCGGGAGAAGACAUCUGACGAGUUGGUGGAUGCUGUUGGGUCGAUGAAACAGAAGUUCUUUCGACCGAUCCUCGAUGGAAACUUCGUGUCUGAGGAUUUGUUUGAGAAUAUUUUCAGUGGCAAAUUCGGACAACGUCUACACGAGCUCAACAUUCAAACGAUCAUUGGGGAUCUAACGCAAGAGUUCCAUGGCUAUGAAAAUGUAUUCCCCCCAAAUUCUUACCAGAGCUUGGUCAAUCGGCUCUCUUGGGAUUAUCCACGCGACAUUGCGACCGCGAUCUGUUUGCCGUACCGGACCCCAGCUGCCAGGACAGAGGAAGAAUGGAAAACAAUAUUCGGCAAGCUAUACGCGGACAUGCAAAUACAUUCUACGAUGCGAGGCCUCAUCCAAUCUCUUAUGCCGGCUCUUACGCUUUCUCAUAUCCUCAGAUACAGAAUCGACUGGCGCACGAAAAGUGUUGAUAAGAGACAGCCGCCAGAAUUUGGUGCUACGCAUGGCACGGAUCUCUCCAUCUGGCUAUUUGGGAAUGGAGACACACUCACAAACAGGGAGAAGAUUCUCAUUCGAGAGUGGUUGAAGCCAGUUGCAUCUUUCAUUCGAGGUGAAAAGGUCAACUGGGGGACCUCGUUUGUGCAACAAGUUCGAUAUCUUACAUCCGAGGGAGAGAUCGAAAUCAAGGAUGACGAGGCCUGGGACAGCAAGCUUCCGCUGUGGGAUUUGACGAAACGGAUAACAAGGAACAGAAAGCCACGAUCAAAACUUUAA